GCAUGAUCCACAGUUCGAGUUCUGAAAGCAACAAAGCCGGACAUGACUUCGAAACACAGCGCGUGUAGUUAAACAACCGGUUUGUAAGCUAGCGCGUAUAGAUCUUGUCACAAUCCAUCUUGUUUACUCACUUGUUGAUGUUAUGUGAUAAAAUGUGAUGAAACCAUACGUUGUACGCAAUAAAUUAAUAAUAAUAUAUAUCAGGGUGUGUAUGAAGUAAAGUAUUUAAAAUAAUAUUUAACCAAAAACUAACAAAAAAUGGAUGAGGAUCGAGCAAGUGUCCGCUCAGCGAACAAUCACAAUCCACUCACCUCUGCAGCAAAUAACGCGCUAUGGAGUCUACAGGGAAACAGUCCCGGUCAUCCAGUGAAUAGAGACAUUAUUCCAUCAGUAAAACUCCAAUGUAAAUGGAAAUUUUUGAAAAUUCCAGCAGCGAUACCACAAAACAUAUUCGCAAAUCCGGCGAUUCAGCCUUCGAGUGUGAUAAACUUAUCUAAUUCGUCCGAUGUCGUUAUAGGGCCCAUGACCCAAUAUCAGGGUCCCGUAACGAUAUACCAAUAUAUGGAUGCUACAGUGGAAGCGCGAUCGACGCAAGCGGGUGGAGGAAUCAACCAAAAUACGAGUAAUGUAAACACCUCAGUUUUUCAAAAGCUUUCCACAUCCUCCAAGCUACUGUUGCUGCUCAUUGUUGUUGUUAUAAUUGUGGCCGUAGUGAUUAUUUACAUACAGAUACAGCAAAGCAACAAUCAGCAGCCCGGGCCCAUAGUGUUUGGCAAUACCUAUGAGCAUGGCACAUUUCCGAAUUUAGGAAAUGGACAUCUGGUGAUAGACCGCGAGCAAUGGGGUGCCUCGGAGUUGUCGAAAACCCUAACAAUACCACUAAAACAUCCGAUACCAUAUGUCAUCAUAACGCACAUUGGCGUCCAGUCGAAGCCUUGCGAAACCGUGUACAAAUGCUCAAUUAAAAUGCGUACCAUACAAGACUCGGCGAUUGCGGAAAAAAACUUACCCGACAUUCAGGCGAAUUUUUAUGUUGGAGACGAUGGCAACAUUUAUGUGGGACGUGGUUGGGACUACGCGAACACUUACGCGAACGACACCUUGGCGGUUACGUUUAUGGGUGAUUACGGACGCUACGAGCCAAGCCAAAAGCAGUUGGAGGCGGCCCAAUAUCUACUGUCCUAUGCUAUCGCCAAUAAGUACAUUGACCUGGGCUACAAGUUGGUGGCGCAAAACCAGACAAAGGUUUCAAAAAGUCCGGGCGCCAAUGUUUACCGUCAAAUCAAAAAGUGGCCACACUUUUAUCCUUGUGGUAUUGGGGACAAUAAGAGGUGCGGCGUUGAGCUCAACAUGCCAGAUGUUUGGGAUGGAAAAAUGUGAACAAUAUCAGCAGCACUAUGACAACUCUACAAAUAAAUAUUUAGCAUAAGUAAAUGUAAUUAUAGAAUAUUUGGGUAAGAGAUAUGUAGGUCUGUAGCACAUAUCGGACAUAUAAUUAGCUUGGUUUUUACAAAAGAUUUUCACGCAAGCAUAUUAUUUUCUAUUAUAUUUAUGACUUUCUUUUGAUACUCUCAAGUAGUCUUACAAACCUAUCCUUAUGCCUGUUACCGUCUAAUUCCACAUAUGUUUAGCUUUAAGUUGAAUAUGAUAUUUGUAUACAAGUUAGAAUAAUAAAAAUAUUUAAACAAACUA